AUGGAACUAAAUCGUCAGGGAGAAGAGGAAGAGGUUGAGGUCAGUGAAUGGGUGCUCUUUACUGAGGUUAAUAAGCAGGCCUUUAGUCGUGACUUCCUACAUGCGGACGAUAAUAUCCUUCGGCGUUACUGGAAUUCUUAUGACUCUUCCCAACACCUUCUUCUCGUUAGGAUGACGAUCUCACGCGCUUAUGAAAUCGCUACACGCGUAUUCGAACGGCUCUUCUUUGAUUGUAUUACACCAAUGGGUCUCGAUGACUGUCUUCAAACCUUUGGAUCCGCCACUUGCGAAGCAGAAGAUGGCUCCGCUAAACAACCCGACUGUCAGUUUCUACCGAUAAGACUUCCUCGAGGUCGAACAAAGAAGUGGCCCUCGCUUGUCGUAGAAGCGGACUUGUCCGAAUCACCUUCAAAAUUGGCGUCUGAUGCUCGGUUCUGGCUUUCUAGAUCAAACGGUGAUGUUCAAAUGGUUAUCACAAUCAAGAUCGGUCGGACCUCGCCUAAUAUCGUACUGGAGUCAUGGGAACUUGUGGAAAAUAAGGUCAAACGCCAGCAAGUCAUUACAAUAAGAAAAGGCGAUAAUAAUCAUAUCUACCUCUGGGGCCAGCCACUUAUAAUCAGCUUCGACAAGCUCUUUCUUCGGCCACCGAGUAUCCUGAAAGAAAAAGAUAUCACCCUUGACGACGAUAUUCUGAAGAAAAUUGCUAGGAAUAUCUGGCAGGAACAAGGUUUUUGA